AUGUCUUCUCAAAACGUUGCCUCCUCCUUUCCUUUACCUCCCGAAUUUUACAAACGAUAUACCGAUGAGAACCUUGACAAAUUAAAACGGAUCAAAGAACAUGGCGUUGAAGCCUUUACAAAUGCAGGUGGUACUUUACCUCAGGAUUUUGACAUAUUAGAACUAGAGCCGCCUAAACCGAUAACCAAAGGUUCUUACACGAUGUUUAAUGAUAGUUGGCCUGUUGUUGAUCGAAUGCGUACUUUGGAAGAAACCGGCUUGCAGCAAUUGUAUCCGAAAGGAGAAAUUGAACUCAAAAAAUUGAACAAUUCCGUAGUUUUCAAUUUUGUUGAGUUGCUAGAUAUACUUGUUAAAGACCCCGAUCGGGGGCCAGACAAAUGUGAACAAAUAAAGUUACUUUUAAUAAAUAUGAAGUUUUUACUUAACGAAUAUCGCCCCCAUCAAGCAAGGGAGACAUUACAGUUGAUAAUGAAAGAACAAAUAGAACAACGAAAGCUUGCUACAAAGGAGAUUCAAAAGUACCGAUUUAAUUAA